CGCGGGGCCGCUGACGGACGCGCCAUGGCCGAGCGGGCGGCGGCUGCUGAGGGGCCGCCGCGGGGCCGCACGCCCAGCCCGGGCCCCGGCGGAGCCCCGGGGCCGCCCAGCCCCCGUGCGAGCGCGGCGGCGGCUGCCGGCGCGGCUCCGGCCCCGGCCGCCGCCUCCAAGUGGGUCCGGCUGAACGUGGGCGGCACGUACUUCGUGAGCACCCGGCAGACGCUGUGCCGGGAGCCCAAAUCCUUCCUGUGCCGCCUCUGCUGCCAGGACGGGCCGGAGCUCGGCUCCGACAAGGACGAGACGGGCGCGUAUCUCAUCGACAGAGACCCCACCUACUUUGGUCCAAUCCUGAACUACCUCCGACACGGGAAGCUCAUCAUAAACAAGGAGCUUGCAGAGGAAGGGGUACUGGAAGAGGCUGAGUUUUACAACAUUGCAUCUCUGGUGCGGCUGGUGAAGGAGCGGAUACGGGACAACGAGAACAGAACCUCUCAAGGGCCUGUGAAGCACGUGUACAGAGUCCUGCAGUGCCAAGAGGAGGAGCUCACACAGAUGGUGUCCACGAUGUCUGACGGGUGGAAGUUUGAACAGCUGAUCAGCAUUGGAUCUUCCUACAACUAUGGAAAUGAAGACCAGGCAGAAUUCCUGUGUGUGGUGUCCAGGGAGCUCAACAAUUCCACCAAUGGCAUCGUCAAGGAGCCGAGUGAGAAGGCAAAGAUCCUUCAGGAGCGAGGCUCCCGGAUGUAGCUGAGCUGCCAGCCGGUGCCCAGCCUCAGCCCUCAGCAGCGUCCGACCACACGCCAAGCAAAGCCUGUCCUGCCCACGGGGAAGAAUUCUGGUCCUAACCAAAGGCUUCCCUCUUACCCUGGAAACCAAGAAAGGAAAAGACUCUUCCAGUUGGAUAGUCCUUGCCACAAGUAUUUGUUUUCUUUUCUUGGCCGGCACUGGCUGGGGUUUGUCCAGCCCUGGCUGGGCCGGAUCGCCAGCCGCAGCCUUGGCCAGGGAUGCUCAGGUGCACACGCCCUUGGGAUCAGUCCCACCUACCACAGGCUGGCGUGGGUGGGAAGCUCUGUGUUUGAGCUGUGCCAUUUCUUGCACCCAGGUCUGCCACAGGAAGAGUGUAGGGACCUUGUGAUGCUCCCCCUCCUGAUCAGCCAGCCCCUCCACCCAAAUCAGAACAACGGGGCUUUCAAAGGAGGAACAAAACCAACCACUCUUAAAAGCCCCACAGACUUUUCCUUCUUGCUUUGUGUUUGCUCCUGGUUCACUUCCUGAGUUUAGAUACUAAGAGGAGGAAUCAUUUGAACAUCCAACAGGGUGUCACUGGUAAUUCUAUCACACCCAGGCUCCUGGUGUUUCCCAGAGCCCCUUAACUUCAUGUGCAUAAACAGAGACCUGUGUUCACCCAGGAUAGCAAGAGUGAUAGUUGUGUCCUUCACACUACUCUACUGAAGAGCAGUGGUGACAUCUUCCCCCCCUGCCACCCUGCCAUGGCCAUAUCUUAGCCUGGUGCAAAGUCACAAGGUUAGGGACUUGCUGCUGCCAAGUUCAGCUUUGCCUUGUUUGUCUCCAGCAGCAUGGGCUCUGUCUCCUUCCUUCUCCCCAAGGGAGGGCUUCAGGCAGAAUCCCUUUUGUACUGUAGCAAGCAGGUAGGUUUGUUUUAACCCAUCAGAUCCCCUCCUUCCAUGCAGUGAUUUUCCUGCAGCCCCCUCGCGUCCCCACCUUGAAGAGAUCACCUCAAAUUACAGAGGGGCAUCACAGAGCUGGGGGGGAGGGUUGGUGAAAAGUUGCCAAACUGUUGUAAUGUUUCUUGUCCAAAGUGAUGUGUCAACUUCUGUGACUUCUCUUUCUUUUCUUUCUCUCUCUUUUCUUUUUGGAAUGCCUUGGAUGGAUGUGCAAAAUGUUCGUUUGUGCCUCUUGAACUCUGAUCUUGGCCAAACUGAGUCACCGGUUCCCCUCUAUUCACCUGUGCCAUCCUUCACCCAGGCCAUGUCCCUCCUAGUCUUGGUAAAUGAAACUUCUGAGGAAUUUGCUGCAUGUUUUUCCCCUUUUCAUCCUGGCUUUGUUCUUUGUAGCCCAAGGGUCCAGGCACUUGCGGUCUUUUUGAGUCAAGUCCCAAACUGACGUUAAAGGCAAAGCUUCAGAGAUGGUGAGAUUCAGACAUUGACAAGCUCAGAGCAGAUGGUUCUCAAGAAGGCAUCAGAAAAUUCCUCACCUGGACUGAGGAGCUGAGCUCCUUUCUGGGGGACUUCAGCUACCUGUGGUCACCUUCCAAGCUGUGGGAUAGAAUUAGGCAGGUUCCCCAUCUCACCCCUCGUUGCUGACGGGGACUCGCGGCAGCACAACGGUACCAACGCUCCAGCCACCAGCUCAGCAAGCGGCACCAUGCACCUUCUGCCCAGUCCUCCUGCACCUCCUCUUGCCUCUCUUCUCCCUCCUGCUUUGCCAACAUCCUUCUCCAGUGGAGGCUUUGCCUCAUUCUCGAGAGAGACUGCUUACUUAUCUGUGCUGGUACCAACAGACCGUGCCAAAUGUCUUUGAUUCCUGGUGUCAGUUCCAGGCUGUGGGGCACAGCUGUGACUUGCCAGGUCCGUUCCAGGCUGUGACUUGUCCUCACACUGAGGAACCCAGCUCUUCUUCCCUCCAUCUUCCCUGUUAGUCACGUGCUGAGAGGGUGUCGGUGUAAUGGGACCGUGCACUUGGCUGGGCCUAAAGAACACUGUGAUGUCUAUAGAUCUCUCUCCUCUGUCAGUGUCUUGUAGCCUCAUUGUCUGUGCUCACAGCUAAGAAAUCAAGAAGCACAUGUAUGCAAGUUAGCAGCCUAAAGAGCCCUUUAACACCCUCAUCUCUCUUCUUUCCCUUCCUCCCAGCAGGGAGUUUCUGGGAACUGGUCAUCAAAUAGCAAAGUGAAGGCAACAGGAGCUGGCUGGGCUGUGUCUCACGUCAGUUCCAGCUGAGCACUGUGCACUUCAAAGCACAGAGCCCAAAGCUCCUGUGCAGAGGGAGACUCUGUCCUGUGCAGCUCAAGGAGGUAGAAAUGACACCUCUUUCCUUCUUCCUGUCACCAGAACUGCCCUGGGUGGAGAGGCCCACCGGGGGGUUGCCAAGUGCAAGAGUGAAGCUGUUGCUUUCCCCUCUGAGCCCCACAGAGCUUGAAAGUCACCCUGACCACACACCCCUGCACAAGAAAGGCUCUCAGAAUUGCAUCUGGGCUUUUCCCCUGCACGUGCUCCCUGCAGUGGGGAUGUGCCAGGGGACUGAAGACUCUUUGGGUUGUCGCGGGAUGUUGAAUUCAACAGAACAAGUUGGUGGUACAAUGAUUGGCACAGGACACUGGAGUUCUUGGAUGAUGUUUAGGACCAGGUUUGAAGCCCAUCCAGAGCAGGUACAUUCCCAGGGGAGGAUUUCUCUUCUCCCAACUGUGCCAGGUCACCUUUACCCUGAGACCAAGGCUGGUUGCAUCAGUUGCAUCCCCCUUCUGUGCUCCAGACGGGGCUUUUCCUUCUGUCACCAUUCACUCAGUCACAACUCUACCCAAACUAGCACUGGAUUAGGGUGACACUUGUCCCAUUCACUCUGAAAAAGGCAGCAUGAGGUGGGGAGCAGGGGUAGAUCUCCAGGAGUGCUGCUGCCUCUUGGGAAGGUUCACUGAAGGCAUUAAUCCUGGGAGUGGAGAGCUGAGACACUUUGGGGUUGGGAGUUGUUUUUUUAAAAGCUUUCCCAAGCAGCCUAAAUUGUUCCAUUUCUGGCAAGACUGGAAACAACCUCUUAAAGUGUCUUUGUUCCUGCACACUUGUAAAAACCUGGGUUUUUUCUCUCAGGGGUGACUGAGUGGGGCUGAGUGAAGGGGGCACAGUUGGCUGCGGGGCGGUGGGACGGAGCUGCUGUCCGGGGGGCUCCUUCCCCCUCCUCUGCCUGCACAGCUGAAGGUUUUGUACAGUUUGUCACAUGUCAGUGCCCUUUGCUACUGUUUCUCUUUGUUUAUUAAAUGUGUUUGAAUAACA